AUGUCUUCACCCGAACACUACCCUGGUUAUAUUGUGAAUGAACUCGACGGCUCCUGGACACGCAGGUUCCUAAAAAAAGCGGAAGACCUCAAACCAGAAGAACUUGAGGAUUUAAAGGUCAAGGUGGAUCUUGAACGUUCAGGCAAAGGGUUACAGGCCUAUUGGGAGGGUGUGAUCCAUAAACGGAAGAAG